GAGCGGAGGAGGCGGAGCAGGGAGCCGGGAGCCGGCUGGCCCGCGCUCCUCCUGCCGGCCGGGGAUUUUCCAGCCUGGGCGCUGUCGCCUCGGACCUCCUGCAGCCGCGGCGGACCAUGGGCGACAAAGGGACGCGCCACAAGAAGGAACGGGUGUGGCCAAGACCUAUGGUUUCUCCACCGUGAGUGCCGUGAGUGCUGUGUGGCCUGGAGCUGGCGAGGUGGGAGCCCCAUGGGAGAGUCCAUAGUUGCAAAGAGUUUGAUGUUUCCAGGGAAACAACCAAGGGUGUUCAAGAAGGCCAGCCCAAAUGGAAAGCUCACUGUGUAUCUGGGAAAGCGGGACUUUGUGGACCACAUCGACCUCGUGGACCCUGUCGAUGGUGUGGUCCUGGUGGAUCCUGAGUAUCUCAAGGAGAGGAGAGUCUAUGUGACACUGACCUGCGCCUUCCGCUAUGGCCGGGAGGACCUGGAUGUCCUGGGCCUGACCUUUCGCAAGGACCUGUUUGUGGCCAACGUGCAGUCCUUCCCGCCGGCCCCUGAGGACAAGAAGCCCCUGACACGGCUGCAGGAGCGCCUCAUCAAGAAGCUGGGCGAGCAUGCCUACCCUUUCACCUUUGAGAUCCCUCCGAACCUCCCAUGCUCUGUGACAUUGCAGCCGGGGCCUGAAGACACAGGGAAGGCCUGUGGUGUGGACUAUGAAGUCAAAGCCUUCUGUGCUGAGAACCUGGAGGAGAAGAUCCACAAGCGGAAUUCUGUGCGCCUGGUUAUCAGGAAGGUUCAGUAUGCCCCGGAGAGGCCUGGCCCCCAGCCCACAGCUGAGACCACCAGGCAGUUCCUCAUGUCGGACAAGCCCCUGCAUCUAGAGGCCUCCCUGGAUAAGGAGAUCUAUUACCAUGGAGAACCCAUCAGCGUUAAUGUUCACGUCACCAACAACACCAACAAGACAGUGAAGAAGAUCAAGAUCUCGGUGCGCCAGUAUGCGGACAUCUGCCUUUUCAACACAGCCCAGUACAAGUGCCCUGUGGCCAUGGAAGAGGCUGAUGACACAGUGGCACCCAGUUCGACAUUCUGCAAGGUCUACACACUGACCCCCUUCCUGGCCAACAACCGAGAGAAGCGGGGCCUCGCCUUGGACGGGAAGCUCAAGCAUGAAGACACGAACCUGGCCUCCAGCACCCUGUUGAGGGAAGGCGCCAACCGGGAGAUCCUGGGCAUCAUUGUUUCCUACAAGGUGAAAGUGAAGCUGGUGGUAUCUCGGGGCGGCCUGUUGGGAGAUCUUGCAUCCAGUGAUGUGGCCGUGGAACUGCCCUUCACCCUAAUGCACCCCAAGCCCAAAGAGGAACCCCCACAUCGUGAAGUUCCAGAGAACGAGGCGCCAGUAGAUACCAAUCUCAUAGAACUUGACACAAACGAUGAUGACAUCGUGUUUGAGGACUUUGCCCGCCAGAGACUGAAAGGCAUGAAGGACGACAAGGAGGAAGAGGAGGAUGGUACUGGUUCUCCACAGCUCAACGACAGAUAGACUGGGGCCAGCCCUCCCUCCGGGCAGCUCCGGGUCUGCUCUCCUGCACUAAGAUGCUUAUUCGUCUUCUUCCUGUUCUCGUUCCCCCCUCCCCUUUGUUCUUCUAGUUUCUACCAGGGGGCCCAGUGUUCUUCCAGGUCACGGUGGUGAACCUCUGGCCUCAGGAUUGGCCCCACAUCACCAUGCCAACAAGGGUCACAUGGGCCACCUUCACCCCUCUCACCCCUGUCGCGGGGCACCCCUCCAGCCCCUCUCUUUUCCUGCUGACCCCCCAGAAAGGCCAUCCUGGCUCUGGCCUUGGAAUUUGACUUGGGAUGGGGAGCAGAACAGGGAGUGUGGGGCAUAGGGCUUGGAGGGGUGAGGUUGAGGGCUCAAGACGUGUGAGAGGGUGCCCACGGUCCUAGGUGGCUAACACAGUUCUGGCAGCUAAAAGAUGACUAUGCUGAGGGCCACCCUCUUCUGGCUGGGAGGGGCACACCUGUGGAUAGAUUCUUACUGCCUUCAGGCAGUUGAGACCCAUGAAACACCUCUCUGCAUCCACCCCUCCGUCCCCACCCUACAUGCCUCUGUGUCUGACAGUGACCCUCUGUGUCUGUGGUGACGGUUUGCAGACCCCAGGAGCAGAGAAAAGCCACCAGACUGGCUUUCUCACCAGCAGUUACUCAGUCUAAGGCAAGCUGUGUGAACUAGCCCAUCUAUUUCAGUACUGUCAGGAUGUAACAUCCUAGCCACCUUGUAUCUUAUGUGUGUGUCCUGUCUGUACACAUGCACAGAGAAAUAAGGGACGGGUCUUCAGAAAGCACCAACCGGAGGUAGAGUGAGCCCAAGCUCCUGGGGAGGUUUCCCGAAGGGUGGCUCUGAGAGAUGGGGUCGGAGCAAGAAGAUGAGAAUCUGCUCUCUUCCCUCCUUUGCGGAUGUAAGAGCGAUCGGUGAUCCCUCAGGAAGUAAGGCUGGCGGUCCAGAUAUGGCUGGGGACACCGGUAUCCUCCGGCUUUCCCUUGCGGUUCAUCCGGGCUGAGCCGGGCUGGCCCUGCAGGCUGGGAGAGAGCGCUCGAGGCCACUAUGCCCACAGUCAAAGGGGCUUCUUCGCAGAAGGUGGCAUGGUCCAUCAAGAUGCCGUCACCUGAAAGGAAGGGGACUGCCAGGUAGCAAAGAACCCUUCGUUUCCUUAGGGAGCCAGUUCCCAGUGUCAUGGAUACUCACUACCCAUUGGCUGAUGUUUUGUGUGAUUGAGACCUGGGGUAUUUUUAAGCAAUAGAGUGGGCAGAUGAUGAGGUAGAAAGUGUUAAAAGGUAUUCGUUCUUGUCUGACCUUUAAGGCCCACUUACUGUGUGACCUUGGGCAAGUUCCUUUCCUUCUCUGGGCCUGAGUUCUUCACCUGGGGUUUGACCAGGUAAUCACAAAGGGACCUCCCAGCUCUGGCCUCUAAGAAUCUGUAAACCUUAGAGCUUCUGGUAUGGUAGGUGGAACCAGAGCCGGACCACUGACUCUCGUUUGCCGCCAGAGGUGAUUCAUUGGUAGUGGGGCCCUGGAGAGCUUCUAGCCACCCCCUCCCCAGGCCUGAGAAGGGCCCUUCUUGGGCCUCUGGAGGGUCAUCUGAUGUCAAGCUGUGGCCAUAGCUAGCAUGAGCUGCUUGGCCCUAGGGCCUGAGUAUUACAGAAGGCCAAGCUCGGAUUUGCUUAUGACAGGACUUCUGGUGCCUCACAGCUCCCUGUGGAUGGCAGACCCCCUGAGGUUUACCUUAUACCCAAGCAAAUAUAUUGCUUAGCAGGGCAAGGGGAUCUCUCCUCCAUCCCUGCUCCCUUUUAUCUCUGUCCCAUGCUUGCCUGAAAAAGGAGACAACAAACUUUUAUUAUGCAAGUUGGGUCUCAAACUGUCCAGCCCCUCCUGGGGUGGGCUGCGUAACCAUUAUCCAUGGCGAGAUUACCCAGUUCACAGGCCUGGCACUGCACCUCAGCCCUUCCGCUUCUGAAUCUCAUGAGGAUCUGAGGCUAGGGACUCCCUGCCCCAGGUCAGGACCAAGUCAGCUUGGGGCAGCUCUACUCUCCUGGCCAUCCCUGGGGUCCUAGCUGUGGAUGCCCCAGGCAUCCAGCCUCUACCAGAGCUUGCUGGCAGUCCGCACCUCAUUGGACAGCUGAAGAGUUGACGAAGGGCUGGAACAACAUGGGCCAAGCAUAUGCUCUCCAGUGUCUUCCUCUGGAACCUUUGAGGCUGGUACGAGACCCUUUAGGAUUUGAGGUGAUCAAUCACUCCCCUACAAACCUCUUCCUCUAUCCCUCACCUACGCACAUGAAAGAUUUGUCAGCCUGGUUACUUGAGCUUCUUCACCUCAAUAUCACACUCACCCUUUGGGCUUUAUCCCAGUAUUUUAAUGGAAAUUUCUCCAGCUGUGGGAAGUAUCAUAGCCCCAUGUAGACUUUUACUCUUUGGGCCCAGGGCUGCAGAAGGGCAGUGGUCAAGUUCAUUUGAAUUUGGCUUCACCGCUCUUGGCUGAUGACUUCUGUUCAGUGCUGGGCACUCGACACACAGAGAUAGGUCAGUCCCAGCCCCUGUCCUCAGAAAGCUCAUGGUCAGGUGAAAGUUAUAGUGGGAAUAGGUAAUAAGAGCCAAGUGCUUUCAGGGCUCCUUGGCUGCUGCUAGUUCGUAUGGUGCCUUGCUGUGAAUUAGAAGCAGUGCCCCUUCCAGGUAGAUUCAGCCCAUGUUGGUUAGAAUGCAAAACUUUGCGAAUGGCGCAUAGACUGGAGUUCAGCCCCACCUGCCCAGCCCAGGUGCCAUGCUCAGGCCAGAGUGUUUCCUUUGGCCUCUUCCUGGGAGAAAGACCCAGAUCAUCUUUCAAAGCUUCCACUCCAGACCCCACUCCACCUGCGGCCCCCAACCAUGACCGAGUCCUUCUAUGCAGGGCCCCUCUCCAUCUGGAGUUUAGCCUGUCUGGAAUCAGGUGAGACCUUGGAGUGAAAUUGGGGAUGUAGGAGCCCCACUGGGCCCCAGGCGCCAGCCCACGGUAUUGGCUCUUUCUGUACACACAUUUGGGCUCUAUGCUGACCACACAGCUCCACACUGGUACCUUCCAGUGGGUCUUGUGGAUGGCAUAUACAUAGCAAUCUGGGCAGGAGGAAAGAGCAUGGCCCCAGGUGAAAAUCUACAGGCAGAGGGCCAGUGGGGCGUCCUCAGCACUACAACUGUGAGAAGAGUUCAGUCCCCAUGAAGAUAAGGACUGAGUUAUUUGGCUGGACUCCAUGGGCCGCCUCAGCCUCAAGGCGCAGACAGGUGAGAGUGGCCCCACCAGGGGCUAGUUCAGCUGGGUGUAUUGCUAAUAAGCUGGUUCCCACAUGGUGCCAUGAAAAGCAUGCUGGCCUGGAAGUCCACAGUGCCUCCUGCCCAACUGUCACCAACCAGCUGAGUAGCCUUGAGCAAGUCACUUGACCUCUUGGGCCCAGUGUCCCUAACUGUAAAAUAAGAUCGUAAUCCCUUCCCCACCUGACUUAAGGAAUUGGGAGGCCCAGAGGAGAUGGAAGUUAGCUCUGGAAGUUGCAAAUGGCUGCACAGGCCGUGGCACUGCCACUGUAGGGGAGCAACCCAGAGUCACGUGGGAAGGUCACUGUGGGCAGAGUCCUCCUCCCAGCAGUCUUCAUCUCUUGCCCCCUUCUCACUUAAGCAGAUGUCAGCCAGAAUGAGUGCAGUCAGUUUGGCUUUGGUGCCUCAGCUGAAAGAAAAAUCCAGACGCUAUUCAGGAAUGCCUCGCCCACAGAUAGUGGUCCCAGAGAUCCUGACAGAAAGGAUAUCAGCCAUGGAUAUCAGUGAUUGAGCUGGGGGGGGCAUCUGGACCGUCCCAGGCCUGGUGCCACCCACACCUCCUAUCUUUCAGAUCCCACAGAGGCCGGGAAGCCUUGGCUCUGAUCCCAGGUUAGGGAGAGCCCCUAACCCCCAGGCCCAGGGAGGGCUGAACCACUAUUCCAUCUAAGAACCCCAAGGGUGAGGUGGAAAAGAAGUUGCCCUUCAAAGUAGAAGGCCCUCUCCAGCAUCAGACACAGCUGCCAAUGCUCGGUGACACUUAGGAGGGAUUUGGGCCCAGGGAAAACCCAGGCCUCUUUCCCUGAGAGCUGAGCCCUGAUGACCUGUACCCAGUGGCUCCAGUAUCCCACAAAGGCAGCUUCUCUCCUGCCAGUGACUGGGGACCAGACAUCCUCCACCCAUCCCAGAGGAAGGCAUUGGCCCCAAUCUUGAACUGUUAUUGGGUCUCGUGGGCAAAGGCCUAUAUCUGUUCUGAUGUUUUUAAAGUCAGCAGGGACCAAAACAGACCCCCCUGACCCUCAUGCAUAUGCCUGCACUGAGCUUGGCAUUUUGCCAUUCUUGUCCAGGCAGGUCCAUCGCUUCUGUCCUCCCUCCAGGACUGAAAUGGCCUACCUGUGGGGCAGGAUCCCCACCUCUACCACUCCCCUGCAGUGUCCCUGCACAGUGGCUUCAAAGGCCCAUUGAAGGGGGAGCAUCCCCCCUCCCCCUGCCCACAGGACUCCCAACUCCUCACUCUGAAAGAGAAAUCAAAGCACAGGUCCCCAGGACCCAUGAUCUAUAGACACUCUGACACAGUGGUUUUCAAACCAGGUGCUGUGGAACCCCUGGGUUUCACAGAGCUUUGUCAGGGGCUGCUAAGGUGGGAAGAUGGGGGGUGGAGGCAAAGGCUAGAUCUCCAGCUCUCCCCCCAUCCCCACUUCCACCAGGACAACUCUGCUUUUAUCUGUCUUGCCUAUUGAGGUUUCACCUUCAAACUUGUGAAGGAAAACUUCUUCAAACCACCAUUCUAAGGUUUGAUCUUCAACCAGCAAGCAUAGGUUCUAUUCUUGCUCUUCAUGUUGGAAUGGCUCUAGCAUUCCAAUACAAAGUGUCUUUGUAUUGGAACUUGGGUCGCAGACCCAGGCCCAAGCAUUUGCUCACACACACACACGCACAAACACACACACACACACACACACACACACGUGUGUGUGUACACAUUUGAUGGUUUUGUUGCUCACCCACCCUGAAGCUCUGGCCUGAGUUUAAUUUGGGCAGGGGCCUGGUGCUCAGUGAGGGUGAGUCUUACCUUGAUAUCAGCCUGUGCAGUGUGAGGGACUGAGGAACAAGGACUUAGGCCCAGCCCCCACCCCAUGACUCGUGUCAGCACCCCAACUCCCUGCCCCAGGCCACAUGGUGGGAGAAGGAGAAACUGGACUCAGGUUCCUCUUUACAUACAGCCAGAUGAAUGGAUGUCCAGAUUUUUUACAAAACAAAUGCUGAGGGAGGGCUUCAUGACAGAAGUCCCUCCUGUGAGAGCAUGCCCCUCCAGAGACUUUUAAAGCAGCAAGUUUCCCUUGAGCAAUUCUAGUAGGAUUCCACUCCCACAUCUGUGGACAAGCAAGCGUGUGGGCACCAGAAAGGUGACUGAAGAGAUGCUGGUCUCCCACCCACAGUCUCCCAUAUUCUUUCUCUGCCAGCCUGCCUCUCUGCUUGGGCCCACGACCAGGGCUAAGGGGUGGGUACACUGGUGAGACCUGGACCAGCCCUUGACACAGAAUCCUGUCUGGGCCCACUGCUGAGGGAAUUCUAUGGGGAAAAUGUGAAGGUCAGGGCAUAGCCAACCAUGUGGCAUGGGAGAAAGUGUUCUAUGUUCAGUCUAAGCAUGCCCUUGGAACCCCACUGACCUCAGUCUCCCCAUGUGUAAGAUGGGGCUAGUGCCAGGCUCCGCCUUCCGCACAGGGAUUACUGCAAGGAAGGGUCAUAGGUGGGCAUGAUAGGUAGUGUCAUAUGAGAGGGGAUCUGCACAAACUUGGGGUGUGGUCAUGGCUUACACUGCAGAUCAGCAGACUGCUUGGGGGAAUGAUUAUGGGAUGUACCAUCUUCCUGGGGCAUCUCUGCUUGGUGUUAAGGUCUAGCCACAGACACUAUGGGAGACGUGUCUCUUCCUACCCAAUGGGAGCCAGCAUUGAGCCUGGCACAGUGACUGUGUGGAUCCUGGAUGCAGGGAGUGACAGGUAGCUGGGACAGGUCUCCAGGUCUGUGGCUCUUCUCUUAAGUGAUUAUUUUGUUACACCCUCAUUCCUGGGCCACCUGCCAGGUUUAUCUGUUGUACCUGUGGCAUUCCUUAUAAUGUCAGAUAAGUUAUUACAGUUUAUUCAACUCUAACAGGACAAAUGAACAAAAGAACCAUAAAUAAGAGACCAUUAAAGGUCUUUUGUGACAGA